AUGCCUCUCUCCGGCCACUGCCUCUGCAAAGCCGUCACUUACACGGCGGACGUCGAUCAGCCGGCGAUCACUGCCUACGACCACUGUGACGACUGUCAGCGCCAGAGUGGCUCGACCUAUUCUCUGGUCGCGGUCGUGCCCAAGGACAAGCUCACCAUCAACGGUCCCAUCAAGAAGUACUCCAGCAAGGGAUCUUCGGGCUUUGACGUCCACCGCAUUUUCUGCUCCGAAUGUGGCUCCCCCAUUGCUCAUGAUCCCGAUGCCGCUCCCGAGAUCAUUGCCCUCAAGGCAGGCACGCUGGACUCGGAGAUCAAGAAGAACCUCAAGCCGGACACGGAAAUCUGGACAGUGAGCAAAUUACCCUUCUGCCAGGAACAUUUGGCCAAGCCAUUCACCCACAUGCCGGAGUAA